AUGGAUAUGGUGAUGAAGUUGGGAGCAGCAAGUCCAGUGGUGAUUUUCAGCAAGAGUAGUUGUUGCAUUUCUCGUAGCAUCGAAACCCUAAUCCGUAGUUUUGGAGCACACCCUAUUGUUUACGAGCUCGAUAAAUAUCCAAGUGGGAAGCAAUUGGAGAAGGCACUAAUUAAACUAGGAUGUCAGCCAAGUGUGCGUGCAGUUUUUAUAGGGAAUGAAUUUAUUGGUGGUUCUAACAAAAUCAUGAGCCUUAAUGUGAGAAGCAAGCUGAAACAAUUACUCAUUAGGGCUAAUGCCAUUUGGGUGUAA